AUGUAUAUUCGUUCAACUGGAGCUUGUCGGGUUGAAAUUAAUUUAAAAUUCUCAUACGAUGCAGUCAAAAUUCCAUCCAUCUCGGCCUAUGCGGACCGGAGGAAGGACGUUUUUGAGAUGAGUGAAUGGGUUGCCGCCAAGAUGAGAGCUGUCGGGAUCGACGUGAGACUCAAAAGUCUUGGUAAACAACAGAACACGGAGCUCGAGCUUCCGCCCUUGGUGUUAGGACGUUAUGGCAAAGACCCCGAAAAGCCGACAGUCCUUGUGUACUGCCAUUAUGACGUUCAACCUGCCUCCUUCGAAGACGGUUGGAAACACGAGCCAUUCGAAAUGACAGUCGAGGAAAGUGGCAGGCUCUGCGGCCGCGGCACAUCGGAUGACAAGGGCCCCCUGGUUGGGUGGAUCAACAUGAUAGAGGCUUUCCAGAAAGCUGAUUUGGAAGUGCCUGCAAAUUUGGUCUUCUGCUUCGAGGGAAUGGAGGAGACCGGGUCUUUCGGUCUCCGAGGGGCAUUGGAGGACGAGGCAGACAAGUACUUCUCCGACGUUGAUGUGGUCUGCAUCGCCGAUGUUGUUUGGGUCAGUAACGAGCAGAUCAGCAUCCCUCAGGGCUUAAGAGGCAUCAUUUUCUAUCUUGUGACGAUCACGGGCGCGAAGCAGGAUGCACACAGCGGCGGCUUUGGGGGUCAAAUUUCCGAGCCAAUGGUUGACAUGGUGAACAUUAUGUCGUCGUUGGUGGACUCGAAUGGGAAGAUUCUGAUACCUGGGAUAUAUGACAACGUUCAACCCGUCACGGAGAAGAAAUACGAGAGUUAUCAGAAGCUGAACAUAUCCGAAGAGUCCCUGUACGGUGGCACUGGGGGAAGGAGCCUUUACGACAACCAGGCUGACGCACUCAUUGCUCGAUGGAAGAAGCCGUCCCUGAGUCUACACCGGAUCGAGAAUGCUUUGCCCGGCGCUGGGGCAGUCACCUCGAUUCCCGCUAAAUUGGUGGGCAAGUUCAGCAUUCGAACUGUACCCUUCAUGAAGGCGGACGAAAUCGAUCAGAUUGUACGGAAGUACAUCCAAGAACGUUUCGAUGGGCUCGGAAGUCGGAAUGACAUUGAGAUUGAAGCUUAUCCUAGCGAUUGGUUCUAUGAGGAUGCUAGUCAUUGGAACUACCAAGCCGCUAUAAGAGCAACACAGAAUGUCUGGGGUAUCGAUCCAGCCAUCACGUGUGAGGGUGGCAGCAUCCCCAUCGCCCUUGACUUCAAGAAGAUCCUGAAGAAGAACGUGCUGCUGCUCCCUAUUGGCCGGCCUACAGAUGGGCACCAUAGUACCAACGAAAAGUUGGACAAGAUUAACUACAUCAACGCCAUCAAGCUUUAUGGGUCGUAUUUGCAAGAAGCGGGAACUCUGUGGCGUAAAAGCAACGGAAAAGUGUAG